AUGAAGCACAUUUUCAAGAAGCUUCACCACCAUCCCAACCGUUCCAACGAGAUCCCGCAGGCAGCAGCACCACCACCACAAUCUCCGCCUUCCGCUGCCUCCGACAACCGUGCCUCUCCUUUAACCACCACCCCCUCCGCCGCUGCCACCAGUACUAGCGGUGACACUAGCAACAAUAAUAACAACAGAAAUAGUAAUAAUAAUACGGGCACUAGUAAUCGGCAGCAGCAGCAACAGCAGGACUAUUAUGCAUCGGAGGAGGAGUACCAGGUGCAGCUGGCCUUGGCUUUGAGCGUGUCCUCUUCGGAUCGGAACUCUGCCCCGGAUAAUGACCCGACCCGGUCCUCCCUCUUUCGCAGUGAUGAUUUGGACCUCGCUGCUGCUGACUUGUUGUCUCGCCACUAUUGGGAUUACAGUGUUGUUGACUUUGAGGAAAGAGUUGUGGAUGGCUUCUAUGAUGUAUAUAGCCUCUCCACAGAUCAAGCAUUUCGAGGGAACAUGCCAUCUCUCAAAGAUCUUGAAAGUAACAACGGGGAGUCUGACUUUGAGGUUGUCAUAGUUAACAGGAAAAUAGAUCCUGCUUUGGUGGAGUUGAUGCAGAUAGCACACUGUAUUGCAUUAGACUGCCCUAAUGCUGAGAUUAGUCUACUUGUACAGAGACUAGCUGAACUUGUUACAGAACACCUGGGUGGGCCAGUACGGGAUGCUAAUAUAAUGUUGGAAAAAUGGCUGGAGAGAAGUAUGGAAUUGAGGACGUCUCUUCAUACCACGGUGCUGCCAAUUGGGUCCCUGAAAAUUGGUCUUUCUCGCCACCGUGCACUGCUUUUUAAGGUAUUAGCUGACAGUGUUGGAAUACCUUGUAGACUUGUGAAGGGUAGCCAUUACACUGGUGUUGAGGAUGAUGCAGUCAACAUUAUCAAGCUACCAAAUGACAGCGAAUGCUUGGUUGAUCUCAUGGGAGCUCCGGGGACUCAAAUCCCAGUUGAUGUUCUGAGUGCAAAGGAUGCUCCAUUCGAGUCGUACAAUCCAAAAUUAAACAUUCUUCCCCGUCUUCUGACGACUAAAGAUACCAAUAGUUCUUCCACACAACCUGAUCAGAGUUCUUUUGCUGGACAUAAUUUGUUUCCAGGGACAAAAUCUACAAAGACAGAAGCACUGCCGUUACUUUUAGAUCCUAAUGCAAAUAAUGGAGUUGGGUCUUCUGGAACUAAUAAUGAAGGGCUUGCUGCUAACCAAUUGGAUCAUAGCCCCUUGUUGGCGAUUGGGACUUCUUUGUACAGGGGGGGUCGUGGACCCAAUGCAGUUGGUGAUGACUUGAGAAUAAAUGUAAAUGUGGUUCCAUGCAGUCAGCAUGGUGCAGAAGACCCAAAAAAUCUUUUUUCAGAUCUUAAUCCAUUCAAAAUAAAAGGUUCUCGAAAUGCUAUGGCUCAGAAUAUUCCUAUAAAUAAAGUUGAUGAACUGCAACGGAGAAAAAAUAACCUCGUCAGUGGUCGGCCUCCUGUACCCUUGAUGUGGAAGAAUCGUCAUGCAUGCAAUGAGGUCCCAAACAAAAAGGAAUAUAAUUUUGUGGAUGGUUUAUUUCCGAAGAACAGUCAGGAGUUUAGUAGUUAUAGGGUAUCAUCAGUUGCAUCUAGCAUCCCUACUGCUACUGAAAAGGCUUCCUCUAGCACCUACAAGUUACCUGAUAAGUCAUAUAAUAAUUAUGGAGAUAAUAGUGACUGUAUUUUGUUUGAUAACAAUUCGACAACGGAAUCAGGUGAAAGUAAAUUCAGUCACUUGUCCCCAGGGGAAGAUUUUAGCAACAAUCAUAUGGAAAUAUAUCAGGGCGCUUAUGGGAACAUGAUGCAAAGUAACGAACCUGAUAUUACGAAUGACCACUUGACGAAUAUCACCAGGCUGCAUGACCAUGAACAGAACAUACAAGGCAGCUUUAAUUUGAAACUGAAGGACACAGAAAGUGCCGGCCCUUCACUUGAUUUAGCUCCUAGUCACAUGGAUCCAGUGAUUGAUGAUGUUGGUGAAUGUGAAAUUCCUUGGGAGGAUCUUGUUAUUGGUGAAAGAAUUGGACUAGGUUCAUAUGGAGAGGUCUACCAUGCUGAUUGGAAUGGCAUUGAGGUUGCUGUGAAGAAGUUCCUUGACCAGGAUUUCUCAGGUGCUGCUUUGGAUGAGUUUAAGAGAGAAGUGCUAAUCAUGCGUAAUUUACGCCAUCCAAAUGUAGUACUUUUUAUGGGUGCCGUAACUCGUCCACCAAAUCUUUCUAUCGUCACGGAGUUUCUACCACGAGGAAGCUUAUAUCGGAUUAUUCAUCGUCCUCAUUGUCAAAUUGAUGAAAAGCGUAGAAUUAAAAUGGCACUUGAUGUGGCGAAGGGCAUGAGCUGCUUACACACUAGCAAACCUACAAUAGUUCAUCGAGAUCUGAAGUCACCUAAUCUCUUGGUAGAUAAGAAUUGGAAUGUCAAGGUGUGUGACUUUGGAUUGUCACGCCUGAAACACAACACUUUUUUGUCAUCCAAGUCAACUGGAGGAACGCCUGAAUGGAUGGCCCCAGAAGUUCUCCGAAAUGAACUUUCAAAUGAGAAGUGUGAUGUAUAUAGUUUUGGUGUGAUAUUGUGGGAACUUGCAACAUUGAAGUUGCCCUGGAGUGGAAUGAACCCAAUGCAAGUAGUAGGUGCAGUGGGUUUUCAAAAUCGCCGUCUUGACAUCCCCAAGGAAGUCGAUCCCCUGGUGGCACGAAUAAUAUGGGAAUGUUGGCAAACUGAUCCCAGUCUGCGUCCUUCGUUUGCACAACUUGCCAUGGCUCUAAAGCCAUUGCAGCGCCUUGUCAUCCCUUCAAAUGUGGAUCAGCCAAGUGCCCCUUUUCCCCAAGAGAUCUCUGUGAAUUCUACACCUUGA